AUGUCAGCUCCUACGCACGUCCUCUUCGAAUGUGCCACAGGAUGCGCCAUCUUCCAGGUCACCCAGGUAGAGGAGAUUGCAGGAAAGACGACGGCAGUGCAGGAGGCAGCGCUGGACAUCGGAAACUUCGGCAGGAUGGUCAAGCUCCUCUCCUUCAGCCCCUUCAGGAGCGCAGUGGAUGCUCUGCAGAGCUGUCUCGACAUCUCAGAAGGUGUGCUCAAUGACCACCUCAAGGCUCUCAUUACUCAGGUUCUUUUGCCCUCGGGCAAGAAGAACAAGGGCCUGAACCUCGGUGUGUCUGAGCGAGGUCUUGCUGGAGCCAUCGUCGGCGAGCUGGGCAUCGGCUGCGACACUGGCUCCACCACACUCGAGCUGAUUCGAGGUCUCCGACUGCACGCCGAGAAGCUCAUCUCCAACAUGCAGCAGGGCGAUCUGUCCAAGGCUCAGCUCGGUCUUGGUCACUCGUACUCGCGAUCGAAGGUCAAGUUCAACGUGAACCGAUCUGACAACAUGAUCAUCCAGGCUAUUGCUCUCCUAGACACCCUGGACAAGGAUGUCAACACCUUUGCUAUGAGGGUCCGCGAAUGGUAUGGCUGGCACUUUCCUGAGCUGGUCAAGCUCGUGAAUGACAACAUGCUUUACGCCAAGCUUGCCAGCUUCAUCCAGGCAAAGGAGAGGCUGACAGAGGACCACAUCGAGGAGAUCACUGAUAUCCUCGAGGGUGACGAGACUGUGGCUAGGAACAUCUUCGAUGCCGCACGCGCAUCGAUGGGUACCGAGAUUGGAGAGAUGGACAUGCUGAACAUUCAGACCUUCGCCGACCGUGUUGUACACUUGGCCGACUACCGUAAGAGGAUGCACAAGUACCUGAUCGAGAAGAUGCACCUGGUAGCACCCAACCUCUCAGCACUGCUAGGCGAGAUCAUUGGCGCUCGUCUCAUCUCCCACGCCGGAUCGCUCACCAACUUGGCCAAGUACCCCGCCUCGACGGUGCAGAUUCUCGGAGCAGAGAAGGCUCUCUUCCGAGCUCUCAAGACCAAGGGCAACACACCGAAGUACGGUCUUAUCUACCAUGCCUCGGCUAUCGCCAGGGCAGCACCAAAGAACAAGGGUCGUAUGUCGCGUUUCCUGGCCAACAAGAUCUCAAUUGCCUCUAGGAUCGACUGCUUCUCUGACCAACCUUCAUCGAAGUUCGGAGAGGUGAUGAACGGACAAGUCGAGGAGAGGCUGGCCUUCUACGAGAGCGGCAAGCCCCCUUCGAAGAAUGCCGAUGCGAUGAGCAAGGCAUUGCGGUCCAUUGAGGAGGCUGCAGGAGACCUGAUGGACGUGGAUGGAAAGGACGAUGACAGUGAUAGCGACGACAGCGAUGACGACGAUGAACCGGCGACUAUGCCCGAGGCAGUAGGUGCAUCCGACCCGGCAUCGAAGAAGGACAAGAAGAAGGAGAAGGCUUCGAAGAAGGACAAGUCCUCGUCGAAGAAGGACAAGAAGAGCAAGUCCAAGGGAGGUGACAAGGAUGUCAAGGAUGAGGUGGCUAGGGCGGCAGAGAAGGCUGCUAGGAAAGAGGCAAAGAAGGCAGCAAAGAAGUCCGAUGGCGGUGUGCCUGGCGAUGAGAGUAUUGCCAAGGACGCCGAGAGUGGGAAGAAGGACAAGAAGGAAAAGAAGAAGGAAAAGAAGAGCAAGUCGUCGUAG